AUGCGCUUGGUGAGUGAAAAGUUUGCUCCAGAUGAAGUAGUUUGCACCCCUCACGUUCCAAGUGAGGGGAAAUGGAGCAAAGCCCAAUGUAGACCAAAAGAAGAACUCUAUGGAGACCUCAGCAAGAUCCAAGUUUUUAUCAAGAACAAAUUGGGGAAGAAAUUUUGCACCACUAUUGAUACAUUAACGCAGCGUGAGCCUGAUUCCAUGCUUGCUGCUAUGUUCAGUGGAAGACACACUGUGUCAGAGGAUCCUAAUAAGGGAUACGUCUUCAUUGAUAGGGACGGGAAACACUUUCGGCAUAUUUUGAAUUGGUUGAGGGAUGGUGUGGUUCCCACACUAACUGAUGCUGAAUAUUCAGAGCUUAUGCGAGAGGCAGAAUACUAUCAGCUACUUGGGCUCAUAGAGGGAAUCAAUUCUGUUCUGAAUAAGAGGAAGGAAGGUGAUGGGUUGAAUGCUGAAUUGACACGGGCAGAUAUCAUCAAAUGUAUACAGUAUGACAAAGUGAAAUUUCGAGGAAUUAAUUUUUCUGGCCUUGAUCUCUCUAAACUGGACCUCUCAGAUGUUGACUUCAGCUAUGCAUCUCUUAAAAAUGUCUUCUUCUCACGUGCAAACCUACAGUGUGCAAAAUUUCGGGAUGUGGAUGCCGAGGGUUCCAUAUUCCACAAUGCAACUUUGCGGGAAUGUGAAUUUACUGGUGCAAAUCUCCGAGGAGCUUUAUUAGCAGGUGCUAACCUUCAGAGUGCAAACCUACAAGAUGCUUGUUUGGUUGAUUGCAGUUUCUGUGGAGCAGAUCUGCGUUCUGCACACUUACAGACUGCUGAUCUCACUAAUGCCAACUUGGAAGGAGCUAAUCUAGAAGGAGCCAAUCUGAAGGGUGCAGAAUUGAAUAAUGCCAAUUUGAAGGGUGCAAAUCUUCAACGGGCUUAUCUACGACAAUACCCUUACUUGGCCUCUCACUCAGUGUGUGCUUUACUUGGAGAUGGAAUGACAAUUAUUCUCGAACUUUGUGGUGCCUAA